CCCACACACACCACUUCCCCUUGCCCCCUCCCCUCCUGCGCCGUCAUGAGCAGGGGGCGCCCGCCGCUCGUGCGUCUCCCGCGAGGAGCGCGCGCGCGGUGCCCGCGGUUGCGUCAAGAGGCGCCUGGGACCAGCACCGGGUUCGAAGAUUCACCGUGACCGGCAAGCCACAAUAACGAUCGGACCACGGAGCAGAACGGACCUCUGUGACCAGAAGCGCCUCGAGUCUGGGCCUCCUUCGGGCCAGUUCCAGCAACAAGGGGUCAGUAGGAACAACCUCGAAUCUGGUCUCGACACCGAGACCACCUGAGAACGACUCCCACCAAGACGGGGAACAGCUGAGUCAACAGGACCACGUGUGCGUCUGUCUGUCUGAUCGAGGACCGAGAGUGCCUGGCUCCACCUACUUGACCCGACUUUGAGCUGCACCUCGAGGACCCGGCACCUGGGAGAAGCAGCGGCACUCGAGUGCAGGAGCAGCAGCAGCAGGAGGAGGAGGAGAGAGCGUGGACGUGAAGCCGCUCGGGAGACAGGUGGAGCCAGCAGGAGCCGCGAGGAGCCACCUGGAGCUAGCAGGAGCCGUGAGGACCCCGGUGGAAACAUGGAACGGGGUCUGUCGUCACUACUAGGUCCCCUGAGACGUCUUCUCCUCCUCGUCCUUCUCACGCAGCGGCUGUGGACCUCCGCCUCCUCCAUAUCGUCGCAGGUGGACGAGGACUGCGAGUUCCUGAGCGACGGGAUCAAUAUCACGGGCCCCGUCUGUAACAGCACCUUGGACGAGAUCGAGACGUGUUGGCCCAGCACUCCGGUCGGCCAGGUGGUCUCCCGGCCCUGCCCGGAGUUCUUCAACGGCGUGCGGUACGAGAUUCACAGAACCGUAUACCGAGAGUGUCUGGAGAAUGGGACAUGGGCGCUCAUAUCAAACUACUCGGAGUGUAAGCCCAUCGUGGAAAACAAGGUACAGACGGAGAGUUUCCACUACGAGGUGGCGCUCAUCAUCAAUUACCUGGGCCACUGCAUCUCCCUCGCGGCCCUCGUCAUCGCCUUCCUCCUCUUUAUGGGGCUCAGGAGUAUCCGAUGCCUACGAAACAUCAUCCACUGGAACCUGAUCAGCACCUUCAUCCUGCGCAACUCCAUGUUCUACACGCUGCAGCUGAUCGACUUCCGGACGCAAGAAGCCAACGAGCCCUGGUGCCGCGUGGUCAGCACCAUCUACAACUACUUCCACGUGACCAACUUCUUCUGGAUGUUCGGCGAGGGGUGCUACCUGCACACGGCCAUCGUCAUGACCUACUCCACGGACAAGCUGCGCAAGUGGGUCUUCCUGUGCCUGGGUUGGGGUGUUCCGUGUCCCAUCACGGUUGCCUGGGCUCUGGGCAAGCUGUACUAUGAAAACGAGAAGUGCUGGCUUGGGAAAACAGCGGGGAAACACAUCGAUUACAUUUACCAGGGCCCGGUUAUCCUUGUCCUCCUGAUAAACUUCGCGUUUCUUUUCAACAUUGUGAGAAUUCUCAUGACAAAGUUGCGCGCUUCAACGACCUCAGAGACGAUCCAGUACAGGAAAGCCGUAAAGGCCACCCUGGUGCUGCUCCCACUGCUCGGCAUCACCUACAUGCUCUUCUUCGUAAAUCCUGGCGAGGACGACACCUCCCUGAUCGUCUUCAUUUACUUCAACUCCAUUCUGCAGUCUCUGCAGAGACACGCAGAGGGGAGAUUUUUCGGAUAUAAACAGCAACACGACACACACAAUAGAGCUCGGGAAGGGACGGCGAGACAGCAGCUCGGGAGAGGACAGCAAGCCAGCUUCGGGGCAUGGCCUCGAGAUCAACAAUGAGUGUGGUGCAUCGCGGAGAAGAGGGGCGAGGUGAUGUUAGGUGCCGAGUAGCGACAUGCUACGCCGUGCGAAUUCAGCGCCAUCGGAAGAAGUAUCGCUCGAAAAUCAUUCCGCUCUCGGCAUCGACUCACAAGAGCCACCGCAGUUCGAGCUAAGCUGACGAGAAUUCCAGCAUCAUCCGCGAGAGAGGGCGGAAAGCGCCAAACGUCGACCAAGCCUGCCAUCAACGAACGAAAGCAUCGUUCAUCGCCAGAGAGCCGGAGCCGGAGAGGGCACGCAGUCGCGCCACCAGCACCACCAAGCGAGGGUGCCAGCUGCCAGCGGACAAGCGUUGUGCCGACUCGGCUCAUCCAGCAGGGGAAAGAGCCUGACCGGCCGCCCGUGAGCAAGAGCGUCGGCGCCAGCGAGCGCGCCGUGGGUUCGACCCACACGCACGCCGAGCAGCACCAGCUGGAACCAAGACAAGAGCGAGGAACUGCAGCCAGCGGACGAGCUGCGGGCGCUAUCUGACGACGGAUCGUCGCGCGCCGACGGCGAGCUUCGUGCCGACUCUUCCAGCCAGCUGUGGACCGAAACUGUGGCCGCCCCCGAGCAAGAGAGAGAACGAAGCCGUUUGUACGACCCUCCCCCACACUCACAGCCUCACGACGUAUCGCCCGGCGUUUGCUUUACACAAAGAAUUGAACAAGUGGCAAAGAAGACACACAACACGCAUAUCGGGACAAAUAACAUUGUUCCAAAAAUAUAUAUUUGUGUUUCAAGAAGGGUUGCCUUUCGAAGGUGGUGCAUUAAAUAUCAACUGAUCGUGAAGAACAUUGCCGCCCAUUGAGUUACAUGGAUACGGUCAUUUAGAAGUAUUUUAGUCGUUCAUUUUUUAUUGCAUAAUCUUACAAAUGAAUUAAUUAAUAACUACUAUUGCCUUCGGGACAUGUUUCUUUAUUUCCCUUCGUAUGAAUAUCGUUGCAUGAAUUUUUAAUGACUUUUCCUCUCGCCGUGUAUGCUCGCGUAC